CAGAGGAGGGGCGUGUCUGGAGUUGGGCCAGGCCGAUCCUUGAAGGUGGCAGAUUUCCUGGGCUCUCGGCGCCUGGGAACAGGUGGACAGGCCUGCUGGCUGAGGCUUCAGCCUCAAGCGUCGGGAAAUGGCGGCCAGGGGCAGGCUGGAGGAUGACUCUGAACCUGGAGCGGCUCCAGCACGCAGACCAGCCGCCUGCGUCCCAUGGGCAGACCUGUCACUAUCAUCACCCAGAAACCAACAUUGGAGAAAAACAAUGCCGUGAUGUUUUGAUUCUAGGCAUGGGUUCCUUGGAUCCAACCCAAAGUAUUGAAGAGGACCCCCUUCUGGACACCCAGCUUCACCCACAUUACUCACUACAUGCUCAGUUUAGACCCAGGUUCCAUCCUCUUCCUACAGUCAUCAUAGCAAAUCUUCUCUUGUUAGUGCAUGUUGUGUUUGUUGUUUUAGCAUUUUUAACGGGUGUGCUUUGUUCUUACCCGAAUCCAAAUGAGGACAAGUGCCCAGGAAACUACACCAACCCGCUGAAAGUUCAGACGGUCAUCAUCCUUGGAAAAGUCAUUUUGUGGAUUCUGCAUUUCCUUCUCGAACGCUACAUUCAGUAUCACCACAGCAAAGUAAGAAACCGAGGCUAUAACCUGAUCUACCGAUCAACAAGGCAUCUUAAAAGACUUGCGUUAACCAUACACUCCACGGGCAACACGGCACUUCUCCUCAUCCUGUGUGUCCAGCACUCCUUCCCGGAGUCCAGCAGGCUGUAUCUUGAUCUCAUCCUGGCCAUCCUGGCCCUGGAACUGAUCUGUUCCCUGACGUGUCUGCUCAUCUACACAGUGAAGAUUCGAAAGUUUAAUCAAGCCAAACCACAGCCUGAUGUACUUGAAGAAGAAAAAGUCUAUGCCUACCCCAGCAAUAUUACUUCAGAGACUGGAUUCAGGACUACUUCAAGUCUAGAAGAAAUUGUCGAAAGGCAAGGAGACAUCAUCGUGUACCUGAAGCGACACAAUGCCCUGUUGAGUAAGCGGUUGUUGGCUUCCACUUCCUCUGACCUAGGAUCUCAUCCAAGUUGAAUGUGAGAGUUCAAGGUCAAGACAACUGCUGAGGGAUCCAGACUAACUUAAGACUGACUACCUGACAAAUUGUCAUAGCAAACUGCAGCUUUUCCCAAGUAACAGUUUACCAUUUUUGCUGGAAAUCUGAAUUUGGUUUUCACCUGUGUGGCUAUGUAACAUGUAGGGCUGUGGAUCAUGUGAAGUGAUUUGUAGUCUUGGUAACUAAAAGAGAAUGUCUGUCUUGCACAUUUUGAAGUGAUUUAACUACCUGGUUUAUCCCAGGACCAAGAGUAUAGUUUAAACAUCUCCUGGGCCAACACUUCUUCCAUAUUACCUAAGAGCCCUGUAAUAAUUUGGCUGUUUAUAGAGGGAACCUGGCAUGCCAAUGAACUUACAACAGGGACUUGAUCAUGUUUUCCCACUUUUAAACUGACAGGGAAGGCAUUUCUUGUGUUACUAUUUCUUCCCAUAGAGCCUUAGCAUAUAUUCCGUAUGCUUGUGUGGUACUGAGGUGCAGCUGGGCCGUUGUAGCUUUUAUAAAGAAUGUUUUCACUGUAGAAUCAAGUUCUCACUAGGUUAUUUACUAUGCAGACUCCUACAAUUUUCCAUUGUCCAGAAAUAAGCUAUGAAGGUUACUUGGAUCAGUGUCAGCCUGACCAGUGUCAGACUAACCGUCACUGUUACAUCUGUACAACCUUCUGGUGGCAACAGCUGAAGUACUUAGGAAACCUUCAACAUUCUCUUUAUUUUUGCCCUUUCUUCAGGAAGUUGCCAUGUACGUCAGUAUUGACUGUCCCUUCACUGGAGCAGUAAGUUCAGUGAUAGGGAAGGGAUCUUCUGUGGCUUUUAAGUUUGUCUAAAAAGUAAAAAGGACACGUCGCUUAGUCUUGGAUUAUACCUAGAAAUUAUGAUGGGAAUAAAAUGUCCUGUCAACUUUUAUACAGAUAUUAAACACAUCUCAUUCCCCAGAUAAAGUGAAGCAUUUUUAGGAGUAAAUGGCAUUACUUGUUUUCCUAGUGUGCCCCUUUACCAGUUGCUGUUGGCACCGUAACAUGCUGCCUUAGAAACACUUUUGGUUGGGAGCUUAACAUGAGGGGUAGGGAUGAAGCGUGCUAAUUUAUUUUAUUUUAUUUUAUUUUUAACAUCUUUGGUAUUUAGCUGAAUAAUCAGUGUUUGGUUUGGAAAUCCUUAACCUAGACACAACUAUCUGGCAAGGGAUGUAGCCAUUUAAUUGCACGACUGUUACCGAUGGAGGGCAAACAUGUGUUUCCUUCAGCUACAGCCACUGAGGGGCAUUCUGAGAGUUUUCUAGUGAAGUAAAGGUGAUGGUGUAUCACCUGCAGACAAUAGCAUUGACUCCCCCAAAAGACAAGAUUCACAGACUAAAGCCAGACUAUUUUUAAAGUUCGGAUUAUGUCCAAGUUUUCUGACUCCCCCCCUUUUCUCCUUUCCUUUUUUUUUUUUUUUGGUAAGUAUGUCUCAAAACCAUUGCCUUCUCUGGAAAUCUGUCUCUCUAUGAUUUUGCUGUCAGCCGUUUUCUUUUCUUUCUUUUUAAGAAAGAUUUUAUUAUUUUAGAGAGGGGAAGGGAAGGAGAAAGGGAGAGAAACACCAAUGUUUGGUUGCCUCUCUCAUGCCCUACUAGGGACCUGGCCCACAACCCACACUUGUGCCCUCACUGGGAAUCUGGAGCCGGGACUCUCUGGUUCAAAGGCCGGCCCGUACUUAAUCCACUGAGCCACACCAGCCAGGGCAGCUGUUUUCUUUUCCAAAAGGAAGACACUGAUGGUAGGUGAUUAAUCCUUAUUUAUUUUUCAAUUCAAUGUGAAUCUAGUCAGUGUGUAAGGUUUAUGGGAUAAACUUUGGUUUACAGAGAAAAAGGUAUAGUUCAAAAAUGAGGAUGCUCAGGUUCUAAUGUGCCGGCUCUGUGAACACCAGCACUCUUUAAACCCAACAAUGAACAUUUCAAGCAAUAAAAGAAAAUGAAAUUAAGUACCCAAACUAGCAAAACAAAAGAAUGACCAAAGCAUUUUAAAUGUUAUGCAUGCUUAUAGGUGCGGAAAACUGUGAUGGAAGGAGAUACGACUUGAUGUGAACACACAAUACAAUAUACAGAUGGUGUGUUAUAGAACUGUAUGCCUGAAACCUAUAGAAUUUUAUUAACCCACGUCACCCCAAUACAUUAAAAAAGAAAUGAAUAAAAUGAUUUUUUAAUGUUAA